AUGCCAGAUAUCCGCCGCCUGCACGCCAGCCGUUGCUCGACCAUCAGCCCAGUUGCUGACAUGAUCACCUGCCGCGUUGGUGUGUUCGAGCCGACUACUCUGGAGGUCGAGUCGGAGCGGUCGCUAUUCCAGAUCGUCAUCUACGGUGAGCUGUUCGGCGAGAGUAUGCACGCCUGCUGCUCCGACCCCCCGGGCCCGCGUUUUGAUCUGGAUCUACGCCUCGACUACAUCAAAUACUGCAUCCCUGACUUCAGGUGUUGGCCCGGCUACCCGGGCUUCAUCGUGCUCAAUGUCGGACCAUACGCCUCAGGAAACGAAAACGUUAUUGAGGAGAUCAACGAUUGGGAUCAGGUUGCCCUCUAUUAUCUCCUGAGAUGUCAGACGUGGCGGGAGGCGUGGGCAGCGGUUCGGUUGCAGAUCGGCCCAGACUUUGUCGAGGGCUGGCGCCAAAAAAUGUGGUCUUCGAGCGUACAGUGCCAGGGGUUGGAAGGGCUGCAGAUGCUGCGACCUGGGGGGUGGAGAUCUGGAGGAUGA